CACCCUAACAUAUAGGUACCUUAUUAAUAUAUGUUAUAGACUUGUUUACAUUUCACAUUGGACACAGUGGCUCAGAGUUCUAGACGCGACCAGACCUCCGCGCACUUCGUCUGAAGGUCCUUAUUGUGCAAUUUCGAAGCUAAAACCUGCGAAAAAAUAAGCAAUUCCCGAAUAAAAAGUGAAAAGUUUUUACAAAUGUAGUGACAGUUUUGAACGAAUUUUUGGACUUUUUUUGUGUUAUUUUUUGUUGGAUAUUACAUAACUAAAGAUGGUGUGCCAGCUGAAGGAGCUGGCUGUACAGUUGUUCGACGUGGGAGCUGUUCGGCUUGGCGACAUAGAGGCGAAGCUGGGGCGGCGCACGCCCAUCUACUUCGACCUGAGGGUGGUGGUCUCACAUCCCAAGAUCAUGAUGGCGAUCGCUCAACAGCUACAGAUACUGGGCUCGGGAAUAGAGUACGACAUCCUGUGCGGCGUUCCCUACGCCGCGCUGCCCUUCGCGGCCGUCAUGUCCGUCAACACAAACAUCCCCAUGAUCAUGAAGAGGAAGGAAACCAAAAUGUACGCCACCAAGAAAAUACUUGAAGGCGUGUUCGAGAAGAACCAAAACUGUCUCGUUGUCGAGGACGUAGUGACAUCUGGCGGCAGCCUACUCGAAACGGUUAACACGCUACGAACCGAGGGCUUAGCGGUCACGCACGCUGUAAUAGUUCUCGAAAGAGAACAAGGUGGCGCCACUGUACUCUCCGCGAAUGGCGUCCAAGUGAAAGCGCUUUUCACGAUGACAGAAUUAGUGAAAAUCCUCCGAGACGCCGGCAGGAUUAGCGAGAAAACCGUGGAAAUCGUUUCCGACCACAUUAAGGAAUGCCAGUUCGGUAUGAAGGACAACUUCGAACAAGACACAACGCCUUUAUGAAACAGUUUAGGCAACUAUGUACAUAGGUAUAGAUAAAAAAUAAAAGAAGAAAGCUUGAUCAGUACAAAGCUCGUACAAAAUUGUAUUUGUCGCUGGUACCUUAGUAGUUCGACCUCUUUAAUAAAACCAAAAUAUAAAAAAAAAACAAAUUUAGAACCAAAACCAACCUCCUUCGAAGCUUAAAUACAAUAUUUUUAUACAUUCUGCGAGACUUCGAGCGCCAUCUAGCAACGUACUUCAAACUAUUAUAUUUUUACAAAGAGAACUUUCUUUUCUUGUUUCAGUGAGAUGUUAUGAUAAAACUUAUAACUAGCGGUUUCCCCCAACUUUAACCGCGUACCAACUUCUCCUUAAUUCUGAUUACGAUUAGUACCUAUUUAUUUACAGCGCAAACUUUUAUCCAUUAAGUAUUCUACGAACCCAGUGCUAUUUAAAUGGUCGUAGCGUUAUAAAGCCUUCCUCAACAAUUGUGCUAACGAAUGCAAACAAGUCUACUGAUAGUUCCUGAGAACAACCAGACAAACAAAUGAAAUAUGCUAAGAAGCUUUAUAAUAUAUACAUUGAAAUAAGUGAAUUAACCACAAUUUACGUAAAAAUUUGUUUAUUAUAAUCUUAUUAUAUAUUUCACUUCCUGUUUCGUACAUGCUUCUAUAGCUUUUGUCCCAUAAACACAUUUUCUACGACUGUACACGUUGCUUCGCCCGCUCCUUGUUUUAACCGUAAUUAGAUUUAUUCAAAAAACAUUUUCCAAGUACGUCUGGUAUUUCGAGAUGAGCGCAUGAAAUAAAACUUUAGCUUUAAUAUAUCUACCUCAUCUCAGGAUUUAAGAGACGACAAAUGUGGAUACAAUAGAUAUGAAGUUAAUUAUCUCAUUGCUUCUUUUCUUUUCCUGGGCCUGUCUCUGUACUUGGUUGGCCGUCCGUUGUACGUGUGGCUGCCCCGCUGGAUCACUCCAGCCAGCCGAGCUCACUCCAGAAGCUUAGCAGGCCGCCCAGGUCGCAGAGUGCUUCUUGAAGAGUUGCUGAGGAGCCAUGGUGUGCUGUGCGUUGCGCUACCCCAUUGCAUUGGAGCAUUACGUGUUUUGGUGUUCUAUACGUCUCGAUGCAUGCUCUGCACAGAGGACUGACAGUUAAACCUAAAACGGAAAGGUGUUUGUACAACUGUACUUGUCGUUUUAACCUGUCUUAUUGCCUAUGUACCCACCAAACUUAUGUAA